AUGAUAUUAUUUGGGCCACCAGGUGUGGGAAAAAGUGUUUACUGCAGUAUGCUAGAAAAAGAUUUAGGACUUAAAUAGUUCUCUACUGGUGAAUUCUCUAGAUUCCUAAGGCCUGCUAACCUUGAACAAAAUAAGAUGUUCAAUCAUGAAGAAGUUCUAGAUAUAGAGAGCAAAGUGAAAAAUGGAGAACUACUAAAUGAUGAGAUAAUCAAUAAAAUCGUAAAGCCUAGGUUAAUUGAAGCUUAAAGUAACGGAAUUAUUCUAGAUGGUUUUCCUAGGACAUUGAAUCAAGCCAAGUUUCUAUCUGAAAAUCUAAGGAUUGAUAUGAUGUUCAGUAUAAGCUUGAGAUAGGAUAUUCUUAUAAGAAAACUCAUAGGAAGAAGAAUCUGCCCUUAAUGUAGUUAAGCUUAUAAUAUAGUAACAAUAAAUGAAGAUGGCUAUGAUAUUCCUCCUAUGCUCCCUAAAAAUAAUCCUUGCUAAUGUGAUAACUGCAAAGUUGAAUUUAUAUAGAGGCAUGAUGAUGUAUAAGAAGUCAUUGAAAAGAGACAAUUGAUUUAUAUGGAUUAAAUGAAAGAUAUUUUAGAUUAUUACAGAGAAAGUGGGCUUUUGUGUGAAUUUGAGCCUAAAAAAGGUAUAAAUGAUUAUCCUAAGAUGCUUGAUGCAGUAAUUGAAUUUGUAAAUAAAAGAGAAGUUGUGUGA